CAACCAUGGGGGCAGCUCUUGUGACCUCCUGUCUUAGGGACUCAGCACCAUGACGGUUUCAUACACCCUCAAAGUGGCAGAGGCCCGCUUUGGUAGCUUCUCUGGCCUGCUUCUCCGCUGGAGAGGAAGCAUCUACAAGCUCCUCUACAAGGAGUUCCUACUCUUCAUUGCCCUUUAUGCUCUGCUCAGCAUCACCUACAGGCUACUGCUGACUCAGGCACAGAAACAAGUAUAUGCUCAGGUGGCCCGGUACUGCAAUCGAUCUGCGGACCUCAUCCCCUUGUCCUUUGUACUGGGUUUCUAUGUGACCCUGGUGGUGAACCGUUGGUGGGCCCAGUACACAAGCAUCCCGCUGCCGGACCAGCUGAUGUGUGUCAUAUCGGCCAGCGUGCACGGCGUGGACCAGCGUGGCCGCCUGCUGCGCCGCACUCUCAUCCGCUAUGCCAACCUGGCUUCGGUGCUGGUGCUGCGCUCCGUCAGCACCCGCGUGCUCAAGCGCUUCCCUACCAUGGACCAUGUGGUGGACGCAGGUUUCAUGUCUCAGGAAGAGCGAAAAAAGUUUGAGAGCUUGAAAUCCGACUUCAACAAGUACUGGGUACCCUGCGUCUGGUUCACCAAUCUGGCGGCCCAGGCUCGAAGGGACGGACGAAUCCGCGACGACAUUGCUCUCUGCCUGCUCCUGGAAGAGCUGAACAAGUACCGUGCCAAGUGCAGCAUGCUGUUCCACUACGACUGGAUCAGCAUUCCCCUCGUCUAUACCCAAGUGGUGACCAUCGCCGUAUACUCCUUCUUUGCUCUCUCCCUGGUUGGCCGCCAGUUUGUGGAGCAAAAGGCCGGGACUGCAGAGGCUCAGAAGCCUCUCGAACCAGGCCAGAAGCCAGCACCAGCCCUGGGAGACCUGGACAUGUAUGUGCCUCUCACCACCCUGCUGCAGUUCUUCUUUUAUGCUGGCUGGCUCAAGGUGGCCGAACAGAUCAUCAAUCCCUUUGGUGAAGAUGAUGACGACUUUGAGACCAACCAGCUCAUAGACCGGAAUCUGCAGGUGUCCCUGCUAUCCGUUGACGACAUGUAUCAGAACCUGCCUCCCGCCGAGAAGGACCCAUACUGGGACGAAGAUUUGGCGCAGCCGCCCUACACUGUGGCCACGGCGGCUGAGACACUACGACCCUCCUUCCUGGGCUCUACCUUCAACUUGCGAAUGAGCGACGACCCUGAGCAGAGUCUGCAGGUGGAGCCGUCCCCCGCGUUGGCCCGGCGGCCGGGCGUGCAGACGCCGCUGCUUAGCCGCUUUCUGGGUGCAGGCGCGCCCUCUCCUGCCAUUAGCCUUCGGAACUUUGGUCGGGCAAGAGGAGCCCCCCGCACCCCGCAUGUGCUACGCUUCAGGGACGAAGAGGGCGUGGACCCCGAGGCCGCAGACCGCAUAGAGGAGGAGGCGGCAGAGUCAGAGGACGAGGCUCCCGAGCCCUGAG